CCGUUGCCUCGGCCAACGUCUAACAACCCUCCCGUCUGCCACCGUCGACGAACAACAGAACAGAUGUCCUGACAGCGGGCCCCGGGCCACCAGGAUGCCGACAGACGACGACUAUGGCCGAAGAGAACGUCUCCUACUGCACCAACACCCGAUCACUCAAUACGGGCCCUCGUCAUCUCCGGUUCCAGGAUCGAACGCCGGUGCGUCUGGAAGUGUCGGUUCCCAGAUCGGUUCCGCUAACUCAUCGGACUGUUACAAGCAACAACAGCAACAGCAGCAGACAGACCUACGAACCGUGUCGAAUCCAUCAGGCGGUUCUGGGGGCCAGGAUCGUUACCAGUCCGAUCAGCAAAGCCAAGGGAACGAGCACGAUUAUGGCGGCCGGGAGCGUAUUCCCGGCAUCGAUCGGCACGACAAGUCAACGGACAAGCCGUCGAUCGACGACUUUCCCAAGUCCUGCGCGGAAACGCGUUCGAUACAGUCGAGCUGCGAGCGAUUCGGUCACUAUCAGAACCAGGAGAGAUACGGUCACUCCUCUCUGCAGACGCAUCAUCAGUACACUCCAGGGAGAACCGGCGGGACCGGUCAAACGUUGUCCCAGAACGUUCUGGUCGAGCGUUUUCCACGGUUCGGCGAGCUCACCGGCCUCCACGGCGAGCAAAGACUCUCCCUGGUGCCGAGCGAACGAUUUCAACAGGCAACCAGCAACGCCGGGAACGAGCUGGUUUCGCACACAGGAAACGAAUACGCGAACACCAACAUCUUGGUGUCGGGCUGCGCGACCAGUCCUUUCUCGUCAGAGACGUUCCCCUCACCACCGUCGCCAGCGCCCGCGAACGAUCGUUUCGUUCCACCACCGCCACUGUCACCCAGCCCAAGCGAGAAGUAUGCCUCGACCCAGAGUCUGGCUGGUUAUCCUGCUGCUGAUAGGAUUCUGCCCCCAGGUUCUCCAAGCACCAGAUAUGGCGGGGGUACCGCGCCAGCCUCCCCGAUGCCAGCCAAGGAACGAUUCUCUUCGGCGGAACGACUACUGGCCAGUCAGCAAUCGUCGGGCCCCGUGCACGAGUCCAAGGAUCAGCAACGAUACGCUGGAGCCAGCGAUCGCUUGUUAUCCGGCUCGUCGCCGGUGCUGGGAAGCCUUCAAGUCGGUCUACAAAGCGACCGAAGCAGCGUGUAUACGACCGGGAAGGACUCAGUUGGGCCCAGAUACGGCGCCAUCUCUACGGACCGGUUGCUUUCCGCAUCGCCUAUACACGCCCCGGUGCCAGAGAGGUUCGCGAGCAAGUCGGCGGAACGAUACCUCGGCGAGUCGCCGGUUUACGAACGAUACCACAGGCCGGAGACGACAUCAAGUGUUCAUCAUGAUCGUUACACGACGAUAUCGUCGACCGCCGAGAAAUUCCUCUCGAACUCACCGAACCCCGAGACCUCCCAUCAACGAUACUCGACGGCGGAGAGGUCUUUGCAAGUGUCCACUAGCGCCAGUGAACAGAGACGUUUGUACACCGAUCGAGGCGUCGAGACGGUCUGUCAGAAGUAUAUUGACAGAUCCAGCGGAUCUCCAGCGCCUACGGAAUUCACUCGAUACUCCAGUUUUCAGGAUGUCGGUACCAACCAGUCUAGAUACGUUACCACCAGCGACCGGUUCAACGAUACAGCAAGGUGCAACCAGGCACGGUCUAACGACAGAUUCUGCGUGUCCGCCGAUCGCUAUCUCGCCAGCUCGUCGCCUGGACACGACGGAAGACUUACUACUAGUGACACGUCUAGGUACACCAUCUCAGGAUCCUCGACCGAACGGUUACUGUCGACGACAUCUUCAUCCUCCUCCUCCUCCACCGACACCAUCGCCAGAUAUCACUCCUCCUUCACGAACACCACAGCCACGCAAUCGACACCAAACGAUCGUUUCACUUCCAUCUCCCCAACACCAGAGGGAACUGCUACUCUCCGCUCAAGUUCAGGCGCCGCGGGUGGGUCAAACGGCUCCAGUUACCCAAGCACAACAAAAACCGGCAUCGAGAAGUAUCUCCAGGUGUCCAAGUCUGUACAAAGCUACACCAACGACCGGUACACCAGCGGGAAUGCUGGCGAUCAGUUCGACAGACUCAGUCAGGAUCGAUACGAUAGAUUCGCCAGUUCGGUCAACGGUGCCGAUAGAUUCCCAUCGUCGACCGCCACUCCUGAUCGCUUUCAUUCUACCGCUGAUCGAUAUUCUCCUGCGCGUGCCGCGGACAAGUACCUGUCUCUACCAAAACCCAAGGAUCGUUACACCGGUCGUAUAACCCCGAUCUCAUCCUGCGUGACAUCUGUCGCUGUUACAUCCACCGAUCGAACCUAUGGCUCAUCCAGCGCUACCGGAAGCUACGUGCCGCCGACCGCGCACACACCUGUCGAACGAUACGUGCCCCAACCACCUCCGGAGGUCCUCUAUCCGGACCGAUACGUCGACAGAUAUGUACCGCCAUCGGCGCACACGCCUACCGAUCGUUACGUGCCCACCAACGAUCCUGGUGACCCGUACAUGAGACGGGACCUCGGUUUCCAUCAUCAUUAUCGGCUACCACCGCCGGCCGGCUACCCGUACCAUCAGUCGCACUUCCGACUUCGCGGUUUCGCUUACGCAUCACCGGGUCGUCUGGGCGGCAGCCCCGGCUCCAGCAGCUCCAGCAGCUCCGCGUCCAAUCAACGGGACGGCUUCUCGAUGUCCCCGUUGCUCAGACCAAAAGUGCGCGCCUCUGCGGUCGAGUUCCCGGCCACGACCACCAGUGUCGUUGGCCGACACGCGUGCAACAAUCCGUCGUCGUCUUGCUGUAACGAGGUGUCCGGGAACGGGAGAUCAUGCUGCCAGGCCAUCAGGAGGUCGUUGCCGCCGGGAGCGUUGCCGUCGAUACCCACGCAGUCAUCUUGGUGA